CAUUCAAACCCAGGAUGGAACUGGAAAACCAAGUACCCACCUUUCCAUGGACAGCUGGGUACAAGUCAAAGUACCUGAUGACCACUACCUUUUGCUCAGUGUUUUACAACUUAAAACUGAAAAUUACCUGGAAACCUGCGCCCCCGAACGAGAUGUAGCGGAGAUCUACCUGGGCGGCAACACCUCCACACACCUGGCCCUCAAGCUCUGUCUAACAGUACGACUGCCACCAACAGUUUACCAAACCACAGAGAUGUUUGUGCAUUUCCGUAGCAAUUCUGAAGAAGAAAAAACAGGAUUUCGAAUAAUAUUCUCAUUUCAUCGUAACUCGUCAUCACCACCGAAGCUUCCAGAUGGCCGACUGAACUGUUCUGUCCCGGAGUGGCCCGACUUCCAACAACAUUACUCCUGCAAUUUUGUCUCCGAGUGUGUGGACCACGAGGAUGAGAGGAACUGUCCAUACACCAGCCCAGAGUGUGGUCCAGGUUUUGUUUCUACAGGUGAGGGUUGUUUUGUGAUUGUCGGACAUCUUCAAGCUAGUUGGUAUGAAGCGAACACCUACUGCCUAUCAAAGGAAUGCGGUCUUGCAAUUCUCAACACCAGACGGAAGCUGAAGAUGUUUUACGAUAUUUGGAGAGCUUGAGACUGCCUUCGUGUAUCUUGGUCUUCAUAAAACUCCGAGUGAGAUGCCAAGCAUAUACGGACAGACACACCGGUGGACAGAUAACUCUGUAGCAUAUUCUUUCCACUCGCGUGGAAAAUUUGGAUUUCCAUCGUGCAUGAUGGUGAAGUUAGACACCUCGCAACCAAACGAAAACCCGUUUAACUAUUUCUUCGAUUCCGACAGUUGCGAUGGUUACUCGUCGAACCAUCCAGACAUUUUGUGUGAGGUGGAGACGCACUCAGAUGAGAACCGACCAGAGCAGCUCGUCACUUCUGCCCGCGAGGCCGACUGUCAGCAAGACGAGGGGCUUCCGCCAUUGCCCCAUGGGUCAUAGCACACACGACUUCCUGUCCUGUGACGCCACAUCCGCCUGCCUGGUUCACACGUACGGCUCGGUGACGGCCUGCUUAGAGUCUGUGACGUCACUUCCGCCUUUCUUCACCUGCAACAACGGCUUCGAAAGCGUGCCGUACACCCUUGUAUGCGAUUAUCGCAGAGACUGUGACGACAACAGCGACGAGGACUUUUGCGUGUUUCCGCCGUGCGACAAUCUCAAGGCUUAUGACUGUGGGAACCAGCAGUGCAUCAAGCAGGUCGAACAGUGUGAUGGAACUGAACAGUGUGUCAAUAAAGCAGACGAGCAGUGUGGCAUUCUUCAAGAAGAAGAAGAAAUGACUAUUGUCAUGAAUAAUCCUUCUCCCCCCGUCAUAGUGGACAUUGAUCAUGGGAAGCUUCUCGCGUUGGAAGGACCUUCUGACUGCCCAGACACACACUUCCGUUGCCCAGGAGCUGAUGUCUACUGCAUGCCUGUCUUUCUUCUCUGUAACGGCGUGCUCGACUGUCCUGGCCACGAGGAUGAGACUAUGUGCAGCAACUACACAUGUCCAGGAUUUUUCCGAUGCCGGGGCUCCAUUGUCUGUCUCCACCCCGAUCACGUGUGUGACGGCCACCCGCAAUGCCCACAGCAAGACGACGAACGUUUGUGCAGCAUGGCGUGUCCAGCAAACUGCUCCUGUAACGGUCUGUCCUUUGUUUGUGGUGGACAUUUCCUUGUGUCUGACUACCCACACCUCCGAUAUCUGGACGCAAGAGGAUCUGGAAUGUCCCCCUCAAAUGUCGUUAACAAUAUAUUUCUUGUUUAUUUAAACUUGGCCAAUUGCAACAUAAGUCGUCUGAUUGACCUGACCUUACCUAACUUGCAGCAUCUUGACUUAAGUAAUAACUCACUGACAUUUUUUAAUGACCAUACUUUUUCUGCCCUGAUCAAUUUACGAGUGUUGUCUAUGGGAGGGAAUUUGCUAUCUACUUUCUUUAUGAGCUCAGUAAGCUGGAAGAUACCUUUGCACACUGUGCUGACACUCGACAUUUCGAGAAUUUCUUUGAAAAAUCUUAAUUCUUAACCGCGUGGCUUCAAUUUUUCCUAACCUGCAAAAGUUAAAUUUGUCCAACAUGGGAAUCGAUCUUGUAGACGGGGAUUUUGCAGAGUUUAGUGAUUUGAACUUGCUUGACCUGCGCGGUUGCCCGAUGACCGAGAUACAUUCCACUGUGUUGAGAGGGGUCAACAAGUUGAAGGCAGUUCAUGCGGAUAAUUACAAACUUUGUUGUCCACAGGUGUUACCAGAUUAUUUCAACUCUCAGAACUGCAAAGCUCCAUUCGACGAAAUUUCCUCGUGUGAUUCUCUUCUUCGGUCCAAUCUGUACCGCAUAUUUCUGUCUCUAUUUGCGGGUUUGUCUUUGGUGGGAAAUUUUUCCAGUUUCGUUUAUCGGGUUUUUAUUAAAAAAGUCUCAAGCAAGAAUGGUUUUGAUGUGUUUGUUACCAACCUGUGCAUGUCUGAUUGUCUGGUAGGCGUGUAUUUGGCAGUCAUAGGGGUGGCUGACACAGUUUAUCAGGGUGCUUACGUGUGGCAUGACAGCACCUGGAGGAGCAGCAUCCCAUGUAAAGCAGCAGGGAUGCUGGUCUUGAUGGCCAGUGAGGUGUCAGCGGUCCUUGUUUUACUCAUAACCUUUGACCGCCUGCUUGUUUUACGCUUUCCGUUUAACGACUUUCGUUUAAGCAAAAGGUCAGCUCAGAUUUCUUGUGUUGUGGUGUGGAUGGCUGGAUUUUUACUGGCUCUUGUUCCUUUCCUGCCUUUUGCCGAACGAUGGAACUUUUACGGCCAAAAUGGAAUGUGUCUUCCUCUACCUGUUACAAGGAGAGAAUUUUUAGGUCGUGGUUAUUCGUAUGGGAUCAUGGUCCUUCUGAAUUUUGUGAUCUUCUUACUAAUAGGUUUGGGUCAAGCGUUGAUUUUUUGGUCAGUUCGCGUGAAUAGUAUGUCAGCAGCCGACUCCACCAAGAAGGUCAAUGACCUGACCAUUGCCCGCAGGCUGAUUACUGUCGCAGUGUCCGACUUCCUUUGCUGGUUUCCAAUCGGAAUGGUGGCCAUCCUUGCUUAUGUUGGUGUUUCAGUGCCAGGGAAGUGAACGUGGCUAUGGCCAUUUUUAUCUACCCUCUUAAAUCAGUACUGAACCCCUUUCUCUACACUCUCAACCUUGUUUUAGAAAUGAGAGCUCAGGCCAAGGAAGAGAAAAUGCUUCAGCUUCUUCUGCGCCAGAAAAAAUUUAGUGAUAACAAAAUAGUCACUUAACACCAUAUUUAGCAGUUAUGUGCUUUUAUAUUUGUUAAAUGUUUCAUAUUUCAUACAAAUUCUUGCACGUUUAAUUUUAACAUCAUUUUAUUGAAUGAAAGAUAAAUGUAAUACAGAGAAGUAAACUUAUAAGGCUUAAAACUUGAGAGAUGAAUGUGUAAAGAUAGCUUAGAUAGUAUAUGAAAGAAAGGCUGAAGCAGGCAUACAAAAACAAUCCAGACAAGAGGAACAAUAAAAGACACAGAUUAACUGUGCAUUGCAAACAAUUGUCAAAGAGACAAACAAAGAGACAAUAUAUAUCACUCUUUGUGUAACAAACAUCCGGAUAUACUAAACUCAUCUACAGGAGGAGUUUUCAAGGGACCUGCGAUAGAAGAGAAAACAGCAGGCGGUGAAUUUUUUCAAAGGAGGUAGCUUACAACGACCACCACAACCGGCAAUGUUGUCUUUGUAUGAUGACAGCAACAACAAACCACAACACAGGCUCACGACCUAUCAACAGGGAAAUCCAAGGAAUUGUUAAUGAGUCUGUAUGGCCAGUGGACACCAUAUAACUUUUUCUCCAGAAUCCAGGUCCGGUUUGUUGUUUUUGUUGGAAACCAGAGAUCAACUGUUUGAAACGCUUUCUGUGUUUACAGAAUAAUGAAAUAAUCUCCAUCAAAACGCCGAAAGUGAGCCGACUGGCCCAGCAGUUUUUGUUUUUUUAUUUGUGUGUACAAAGGCUUAUCACGGAUGUAUAUAGUAUAUUAAAUAUUAAUCUGAAUCAAACGUAUUUUUUUUUUGUGUUAACUUCCUGUAAAAGCUGCAUAUUUUAUUGUUAGCUUUUGUAAUUAUUCGCCAAUUUUUUUUUUAGGUAAUGUCUAGUAGUUUUAGCACUUUAAAAAAAACUUACAAUGUUAACUUCAACGUAUGAGUGCUCUGACAGAUAUAUCAAUAAUAAUAAAAAAACAAUGUCAGACAUCAUUGCACAAAAUGUGUUGGCAGUCCGUGACCUUGUAUAUGAGCUUCAAUGAAGUGUCACUGGGAAGCAUUUACUGUAGUUUUGCCAUUAUUUUCGGUUUGGUGAAAAUCCUCAAGUCUCAAAUGUCAUCUGCCUUUUCAUAAUCAAGUUAAUGAGUUUACCUUGGUGCCAGACUCUUUAUCAGCUUCAUAAAGAAAGUUUUCAUAAAGAAAGGUUUAUGACCUGCAGCCCCACACAUUACCUUGAAAUUCAAGGGCAAUGGAUAAUUUUUAUAUUCCAUUUGAAUGUCAUGUGAAUAUAGUAAUGUCUGUUUGAUUUACUGACUGGCUAAAAUGCCUCCCACCCCACGCCUCCAGUAGAUGGCACCCAGUAAAUAAAAUACAGCUUUGUCUUUAGUGUAUAGUAAUCCCGGCAGUGAAGUAGUCUCUGACAAAAAUAAGAAAAACAGCAAAUAGCAUUGAUGACAUGCACAGCUGGGUCUAAUUUGAAAAACAAAAAUUGCUACACAUGAUAGUACACAUUAAAUGAUUCAGUAAAUAUAUUUUCCGAAAAGACAUUGAUACAAUUACACGACGAAUAAAAAUUUAUUCCACUUUGUUCCUAUACCUUAAUUGAGACUGAUGCUGAAAUACUAAAUCAAAUUUCUUUAGAAUUUAGUUUCAAAAUAGACACCUCAAACAUUUAAAAGGCUUGAAAUAUUCUGCAAGAAAUUUGCACGAAUGAAAAAGUACUGCAUGCUCUGUCGCCAUGACGAACUCUAUAGAAAUGUAUUAAUGAACAAUAUGAAAUUUAUGUUCCUCAGAAAAAUCUAUCAACAAAUUGGUUCUUUGCAGCCUGCUGCAACACAUACACUUGCCAACCUUCUCACAGGCAGAAGAUACAAGAGGUACUGGCAGCCAGAACCAUCAAUGAUAAACUGAUUUUUAUCAUUAUUUUGUUUUUAAUAUUUUGUUUUGGGGAAGAACAGCUUGUGUGUGUGUGGGAGGGGAUAAUCAAUAUCGCCUUCAUUUUUAAAUGUUCUGUGUGAGCUUACGACAAAUAAAACGCUGAUUAAUUGAGCUUAACUAAUAUUGGUGUUAAUGAACUAAGUAUUCAGAAUUUAUUUUCCGACUCCUUCACUAUGGAACCUCACACUUGUUCAAAAUAACUACGUCUGUCAUAUAUCCUACAAGGGGAAAUAUUAGUGCCAGGCCACUGUAUACAGGAAACUGCAUGAUUGAACAACCAUUUCAUAGGAAUAUCCAGCACUCCGUGUAGGCCAAUAGCACUCUGCUGCUGGCCAUGUAUCAAAUAUCAGCCUCUGGGGAGCUUGAGGGGUAGGAUUGAUGUUAGAUAAUAUAACAGAAAACCAGGAACAAGAAAUUAGAAUCAGAAGCUAAUGGUAGAGAUGGCAAUAAAAAUCUACGACAAAAACAUUUGUGGCACUUUCAAUCAGCAGAUAAAAAAAAAAAGCUUUUAAGGAACAGACAUGCAACCAAAACAAACUUGCAAAAAUGAAUAAAAACAGUGGCACUACAUGAAAAGCAAUCAGCAGAGAAUAAAGCAACACGACAUGAAAUAAAAAGACUGACAUCACAUGCAUUUUUUUCUCUGUUAAAUCUUUCUUUCAAGUGCACAGACAAAAUAUAGCCAAUAUCAUAACAGCUGUGAUUUUUAGCAUCUCUAGUUUUUGUAAUUCCAUGUCAAAAUUUGAGUGAUUGUCACUCCUAGCUCUCAAAUGUUAGUUUAUUACUUUGAUACUAAUGGCACAUCCUACAUUUAGGUAUAAAAAUGAUGCAGAAAACUUAAAAUUUCUUUCAGAUUUCAUCGUUACCUGGAACUGCUAAUGAAACCCUGUUCAUAUUUUCCAGCUGAGAGGUCACAAAGAACAAUUAUAUUUUUCUAAACAAAAGUUUAUUUCACGUAAUGCACAAUGUAUUGAGCAGACAGUACAUAAUCAUAAUAAAAAAUUGUUGGUAUAAUGACUGGCUUACAUGGGGUUAAGCAGUACACGGUGGUUGGAAAGCAGGUAAACAUUAAAACUUGUCCACAUUUACUGAACCCCACAGACAAACUUGGCAAGUUGACGUUAGCAUGUACACAGAUCAAUCUCAAGGCAGCAUGGCAGUGAGAUGAAAGUCACUCACUUCAUGAGAAGGGGUGCACUACAAGAAAAUUUUGUUCCAAACCUAUCAAGACCUUCGUUAAAAAAA